AUGUCCAACUCUAAAAUCAUACUGCGAAGUCGGCUGAGUAGCACUCUUCUCGUCAAACCUAUCGACAGCUUCAAUCCCCUCUACGGGCUGACUUCCACUGAUACUUACGAUGAUGAGAUUGAGAGAGACGCACAGAAGGCUACUGCCAGAGAACAUCUGAUGUCCAUUAAAGAAGCGUUGCAUUUGCACAAGAGAGCCGUUGUCUGGUCAAUUUUGAUUUCUGCUACAAUCAUUAUGGAAGGAUAUGAUCAAAGCCUCAUUGCUUCGUUCUACGGGUACCCGUCAUUCCAAAGAAAGUAUGGAAUACCCACUGGAGAUGGCAACUAUGAACUUGAGAGUCGGUGGAUGUCUGCCCUUGGGUGUGCUGCAAAUAUAGGUAUGUUUAUUGGGGUAAUGGCUAAUGGGUAUUUGGCAGAGAAAUGGGGCCACAGAAAAGUGAUUAUGGGUGCCUUAAUUCUUGUUAUGGGGUUUGUAUUCUUCACGGUGUUUGCUCCAACUAUCUAUGUGCUUUUACUUGGAGAGUGGUUUUUCGGUCUUGUGAUGGGUUGUCUUUCUACCAUGGGUCCUACCUACUCAUCUGAAGUAUGCCCAAUGGUGUUAAGAGGAUACUUGACAGCCUAUAUCAACAUGUGCUGGGCAAUUGGCCAGUUGAUUGCAGCAGGUGUGUUGAAGUCAAUGGUUGAGAACAAAACUGAUUGGGGUUAUAGGGUUCCUUUUGCUGUACAAUGGGUAUGGCCAAUUCCUUUGUUUAUAUGCGUGUAUUUGGCACCUGAUUCUCCUUGGUGGCUUGUUAGGAAAGGGCGAGAAGCUGAUGCUUUGGUGGCGGUGAAGAGAUUAAGUGCAGAUCUGGUUCACCAGGAAGCCUGUCAAGUAGUGGCCAUGAUAAUCCACACAAAUAGGCUUGAGCUUUCACGGACCAAGCAUUCAACGUCCAACGGUAUAUGGGAAUCCGUUAAGAAGUGUUUUACUGUCACGAAUGUCCGCCGGACGGAGAUUACAUGUUUAACGUUUGCAAUGCAAGUCACUUGUGGAUCACAGUUCAUGUACCUGCCACUGUAUUUCUGGCGUCAAGCAGGCUUGAGUGCCGAAUACGCCUACCAGUUAAAUGUUUGUAUCACCGGCAUAGCUCUUGUAGGGUGUGGAUGCUCGUGGAUGCUAAUGACCAAAUUUGGUAGAAGGCCCAUUUACAUUACUGGAUCAUCAAUUCUUUUGGUAUGUUUGUUUAUGGAAGGAGUUUUGCAAUUGGCUGCUGAUAGAAAUCCUGAUGUGAAGUGGGUCCAGUGUGGGUUCACAAUGGUUUGGGUGGCGGUAUAUUCUUUGUCGGUUGGUCCUUUGGCGUAUACAAUUGCGGCUGAGAUUCCAGCAACAAGAGUAAAGUCUCAAACUCUAUCUGUAGCCAGGGCUUUCUAUCAUUCAUUGCAGUUGAUGGCCGGCAUAAUGCAGCCGUUUUUAAUCAACCCCAGAAGUGCCAACUUGAAAGGAUAUACGGGGUUUGUGUGGAGUUUUAUUUCGCUUCCAGCUAUAGUGUGGGCAUUCUUCCGGUUACCUGAGACCAAAAACCGGACCUACGAAGAAUUAGAUAUCAUGUUCAAUAUGGGACUUCCUUCUAGACAAUUUUCUGAGUACAAGUUCGAUGGUAACGACUAUAGUUAGAUAUUGCAGCUAAUAGUGUAUGCGUGUAUAUACCAGAUAUACCGAUAUAAAACGUAUUUGAGGGAGAGAGAAAA